AGCCGCCUCGGCCCGGCGGCCCUAUAGAGGCCCCUCGCUGCGCCCAGCGGCGCCGCCUGGGGGGUGGGCCAGCUGCACCCCCCUCCCUCCGCGGUUCGCGCCCGCGGCGCCUGGCGGCCGCCGCGGCUCUCCGUGGGGAUGUGGCCGGCCUCAGGGGGGCUGCAGGCCGCAGUGCCCGCCGGCGCCAUACGGCCCGCGCUGAGGCCCGGCUCGGUGGCGCAGGGCGCGCUGGCCGCGGCUGCCGCGGCCGCGCAGGCAGCGGUCUUCGCGGCCCCCGCGGGCAAGGCCCCCGCGGGCAAGGCCCUGGUGCGGGCCCUGACCCCGGGCGCGCAGACGGCGCCGCCGACCAGGCCCCUGGCCGAGUGCAUGGAGGAGGCGUGGGCCGCGGCCGCGGCAGGCGACGGCAAAGCGCCGAUGAAGUGGAAGCCGCUCGGGGGCGGCACGGUGGCGGGCAAUGGUAAGGCCUGGGGGGCCGGUGCGGUAGCCGGGCCCGCGCUCCUCCAGAAGGCGGAGAAGGAGUUGUGGAAGUUCACCGCCCACUGCGCGGACCAGUCGAUCUCCGAGGCGCAGCUGCUUAGAGAGUUAGAGGCCCUGCUCCAGCUCCGGUCCCACAUGAUGGGGAUGUCGGGCAUGGAGAUCGCGCCGCCGUCGCCGGAGCUGCUGUUACACCUAGUCGCCACGGCGCUGGCCGAGGGCGGGAGCCACAUGACCGUCGCAGACCUGCUGGAGACCCCGGGGCUGGCUGGGGUCAAGGGCGCCUUCGGCGACCUCGCGGGGUUCCUCGCCAAGCACGGGGAGCUGUUCGCGGUGCUGGACGAGCCCCACGGCAAGACGGUCACGCUGAUCGGCGAGGUGCCGGCGGCCCCCGUGUCCGCGGCAUUGGCCGAGCCGCCCGCUAAGAGGCUGAAGAUGAUCGAGGCGCAGGCCCCGGCGGUGCCCGUCGCGUUUGACCACGAGAAGGCCGCGCAAGCCGUGGUGAAGAUCGUGGAGAGGGUGAAGGAGAUGUGUCUCGAGGCCGCGGGAGGCGCGCUGAUCCUCGAUCAGCUGGGGGCCGACGAGACGAUCCGGGAUCUCAGGAAGGACUGCUCGAAGACCAAGAAGAUGUCCCAGGUCCUCAAGGAGAACGGCUUCGACCUCUCCGAGGGGCCGAGGUCCGAGGAGUGCCCGCAGCAGUGCAUAUGGGUGAAGCUGAAGUGAGGGCCCCGCGCGCAGGGUCGGAGGACGCCCGCCGCGCACCCGCACCGGUCAUGGCCGCCAGGCCGAUGCUGGGGCUGGCGUAUGUGUCUUCGUGGCCAAGCAAGGGGUGUGGUGGUGGGCCUGGACAGGAUCGGUGCAGGCCCAGACAUUUUCCGAUCCGACUUUUCAAUCUGCGGCCCCAGAGCUCCCGACCCCUCCUGGGGGCAGUUUUGCGUCCCGGAUCCAUGUUAUACCUGAUGGCACCGGGCCAGGGAAGCGGCCCCUGGAGAGGCCGAGAUCGAGGAACAAAAACGCCGGGAUCGAAC